AUGGAUGAGGGGAAGAAGACGGCGGAGCUAGGCAGCGGUGGAGAAAGCAGUGGAGGAGAAAGAAGUGAUGAACGGCGCGGUGAGCAGCGCGAGGAACGAGGGGGCCGCUUCAACUUCGACUUCUCCUACGAGAGCAUCCUGAACAAUGACAUAGUGAGGCCCCAGGAGAUCGACUGCGGGAUGUCCUGCGCCAGCUCGUUCUUUGAGGGCAGUAGUGAACGGGUCGCCCCUGGGGGUGACUACGCCAUGGACUCUUCAGGUGACCCGGGGGGUUCAGCUAAAUGUGCAAAUUCGGCUCCCCGCCUGAGCGCGCGCAACACCAACGCAUUGGAUUUUUCAUUCCAGGCGGGCGCUGAUCAGGGAGGGCAGAAGCGGGGUGCUUGCGAGGAGAUAGGUUGUAACGACACCGGUGGUCAUGACACACAUGGUGACGACGAAGUGUCAGCGUACGUGGGAGAGGUCCAUGGGGAGCAGCGGGAUGAGCCUCAGUGUGUGGAGAAUCCCACGCGCAACAUGGAUUACCUGACCGGGAACGAAGGCCUCCUCACAAGUGAAUCGCCCAAAGGGGAGAGACACCAUCGCGGUGGCACCCCCGAGGGAGAAAACGGUCACACAGAUGGCGCACAGCUUUGCCAUCCGUUUAAGAAGAAGAAAGAGGAAAGCCCCUCUAGUGAGUUACCAAUUGGUGAGGAACCACCUCAUAGGGGUCCAUCCACCAUCCACUCUGGAGAAACGUGCACAGUGUCAUGCACCACUCACUCCGGCGAAACUUCCAUCGUAUCGUCCACCAUGACGAGCACAGAGAAACAGGGAAAGUCAUACAAAUCGAGUCCAUCCAUUACCUCCACCAGAGCCAGCGACGUCAGUGAGGCAAACGAAAUAUAUCGAUCCCUCCAGACAGAGAUAGCCACGUAUAAGUUGAAGAUAUUCCACUUAAAGUCAGAAGCACAAGUCAGCAAUAGCUAUUUUGAGAAUGAAAGGAAAAAGAAUGAAGAAUAUGCUAAGAUGCUACAUAGGUUUCUAAUCGAACCAAGUGGCUCUUCCGAACGGGGGGACGACUGCAUGGGAUCAUUGAACCUACUGGAAGUGGAAAAUAAAAAACUGAGACAAGAAUUAGCUCUCAAGAGUAGCGAAAUCAUCGAACUAAACAAUGUAGUGAAUAAGUUAAAGGAUCAAAAAAUCAUCUUCAUGCACUCUCUACAGAACGAAUUAGAAGUUUGUAUGAACAAAGAAGCAGAGUCAUCUCUCAUGCUGCAUGCACAGACGAAGAGACUAGCCAACGCAAACAAUUACAUAGCGAAACAGAACAAAGAGAUAUCUCAACUGAAGGAGGACCUCAACAAAAUGGAAGAGACCUACAUCCUGCAUGUGCACAAAAUGGAGAGUCAGAUCAACCAACUAGUGGAAGAGAGAAACGAAUUCAUCUCCACUGCCAAACGGUUGGAGGCAAUCAAUCUAGACAAUAAAAAAAAGGAAGAGGAGAUAUCCAAAUGGAAGCAGAAGUGCAAAGACUUAAGUGAGGAGCUGAAUGACUUGCUCAGAAUCGUUUCGGCAGAGAGACAAAACAGAAGUGCGAACUUUAGUGGUUUCUAUCAAAAUGGGAACAGCAUUUCGUCGUUCACGUCCCUCGUUGGAGGCGGUCUCGAUGGGAGCGGUCACAAUGGAGGUACCCUCGUUGGAGGCGGUGUUGAUGGACGCCCCCUUGAGGAGGAAAACGCCAUUUUGGCUGGACAAAUAAAACAGGUGAUGGAAGAGAACGACACCCUCAAAGCGGAAUUAGCGCAACGGGCACAAGACCUCCAACAAAUAAGCAGCCAAUUAGAGAGCCACAAACAGGCCAUAAAAGUGAAGAGCCAAAAUCAUGCUGUGCUUCUCGAGAGGUACAACAAUUUAGAGAAAGACUUCGAGAAUGUUCACCUCCUGUGUAUGCAACUGGAAGAGAGGUUCCGCGUGGAACAGAGCAACCACGUGCAGGGAAGCGGCAAGGGGAGUAUCAACGGGAGUGUCACCCGAAGUGGCAACUAUGAGCAGCUCCUCAGCAAGAGCAACUUCUCCUUGAGUGAAUUAGAACUUAAUCACAGUCAGCAAAGCGAGAGCAACAUCCAGCACUACAAGAUCUUCUGUUCUGAGCUGCAACUGGAAAAUGAGUCGCUCAAGCAGACAGUCCAACGACUCAAGAGCAAGAAUAAGAAGCUCACCACGAGCAUGGAGCUUCUCCUGCGCGAUUUGGUCGCCGCCGGGGGGACAACCCCUACAGAAACGACGUAUGAUAAAGUGGAUAGGGAACCUCAGGCAGCCGCACAUCGUAGCGCAUCGGAAGGUGCAACAUGGGGGGACCGCACAACUGCGGAAAGUGCCCCGUCGAGCCCUAACCUAGAGGGGGCCCUCCAGGGCACGAUCAACGCCCGCAGUUUCGAAACAAACGAAGAGAAUCCCCCUCCAGGUGGACGCCAAAAAGGCGCCUACACCCAAAAGAGCGCGUCCACCCAAACGGAGAACCACCCGCUGGAGCAAACAACAGAACAGGGGACCCAAACGGAGGGGAUCCAAAGAGGGGACACCCAAACGGAGGGGAUCCAAAGAGGGGACACCCAAACAGAGGAGACCCAAACGGAGGGAACCCCCCCAAGUGAACACAAAAAAAAAAACGAGUGCACACAAACGGAGGGAAAGGAAACACCACUCGGCGAAGACUUCCCCGAUCGCAAUCUCAUCAGCGAAGGGGUCAACACGGAGGAGAAGAUCUCGACGAACAAGCAGGUGUACACACAUGAGAACAGGUCAUUCGUGAGCUCCGGCACAAACACGAAUUUUGUCGAUGUGGCACACGUGGGAGUCAACCCAAACCUUAUCGACGUAACCGACGUAGGGGUCAACCCGAACCCAAUCGACAGAGUUGACCAAGGAACCACCCCGGAAGAAGAGACGAAGAGCACCCAAAACGGGGAAGCACAAACGGAGGAAGUAAACCUACUUGUAAAAUUCACUCAGACGGAUGAAAGCAGCAGUGCCAAUGAGGAAGUACUCACCGACCUCCACGGCAUCAACAAGUGCAGCAUCAAAAGGAUCAUGCUCGCAUGCACUUCCUCGAAAAAUAAGAAAGUGCAAAUCACGACGACUACGAUGAAUGCCUCCACACAGACGGUGGAGAGUUCGAAGCAUGGAAGUCACUACAGAUGUGUUGCCUACGGGGGAGACCUAUUCUAUGAUGGAAAAAGAAACAGAAGCACCACCAGAAGGAUAAAAAAAAGGCAACAUGUUAUGGGGUGUAAGGACUACCCCCUCCUCUACUCAGAUGAAGCAUCAAGUGGAGCAGACGUCUCAUACGAAUCGUGUUCGACUUCCUCCACCAGUGCGUAUGCACGUUUUAGAUCCACCAACAGAAAGAAAAGAGGAAACAAUUAUGCCUCCACGUAUAGUAGGAGUAAACAAAGAAAUGGAGACUACGCCAUCCACACAAGGUUCAGGGAUGACAGUCUAUAUCUCCAUGAGGGAGACCACGGAAGUAUCAGGAAGGACCAGCUAGCCCUAAUGGGCAGCAGAAUGAAGAGAAGGGGCAAAUAUCUGGGCCCUUCUCCCAGUUAUGAUUUGUCCAGGGGCAGAAAAGAGGACCUGCGAAGAGGGACGGGAACGAUGAUCCACCAAAAAAGACAAAUGGAUGAAGUAGAAUCGCUUAUUGAAAUUCUAAAAUAUAGCUCAGACAAUUAUGAGUCUGACAUGGGAGGUUACGGCGACAUAGGAUGUCACCACGAUUUGCAUCUCUGUACAAGUCCGGGUAGAUUUUACGAGUGUUCUGAAGCACACCACUCCACGAUUAGCUGCAAACGGCUGCCAAACCAGAAAAAAAAACACUCUCAUAGAACCCAUAAACAAGUUAAGGACCUCUCGGAGGAGGACUGCAUCGAAGGUAUGUACCCCCCCCAUGAGGGAGAAAUCCCGCGAGGAAGAAACAGAAAUAUCAUGAAGAAUCUCCCAUGCCGAAACUGUCAUCCGCAGCGUGUCAUCGUCAAGGAAAACAAACACGUACAGACGGGUGAGUACUUCCUGGACAGUGAAUUUAACUACGACCCUAGUAUCCCCCCCAUUGGUUCACCCCCUUAUGACACAAAAAAAAACAUAACAUCGUUAAAGAGAAAGAUAAAGGAGUAUCUGAAUGAUUACUACCAUACCGUUAUCAUUUGUGAGCACUGCAAGGGGGUCUAUGUGGACGUCUUGAUUGUCCACAUCAUUCAUGAGUACAUUGCUCGAAUGAGCUUUUGUCGCUGCUGCGGUGGUGGGUCGGGUAACUCCAUCGGGAGAAAAGUGGAAGAGGCGCAGUGGGAUGGAGUCCAAUCCGAUGCUUCGCUGAGUGGGAGCGGUCAGUCUAGCGGCGGGUACAGCAACAGGCAUGGCUCUAACCAGACCGCUGAUGAGACAGCAAAUCCCGCCGCCAAUCCCGCCGCCAAUCCCGCCGUUAACCCGGGGGCGGACCCCCCCACGGUGGCACUUGAGUCCUUCCUAAUCAGACGCAUCCCUCUAAAACUUCCCAUCUGCACGUGCACGCUGGUGAAUUUGAAGUACAAGAAGGUUCUAGUAAGGAAGGAGGAGUCAGCAGUGGGGGCCAAAUCCGGGCGGGUAGCCAAGAGGCUAUCCAGGAGACUGCCCAAGAAACCAAAGAAGCGGAAGACGAAGAACCAAUCGGAAAAACAUCCCCCAAAAAAGGAUCUACUAAACAGAGCACUAGUCUUAAUUAACCAUCUGAGAGUAGAACUGAAUCAGAUAAAAUACAUCAUCUAUAGUUUCCUCCUUUUAAAUGAGAAGAAUGAAUUCCAUAGGAUCUUAUUAACCUCCCCAAGACUGAUUGAUGUGUUUCCCUUCGUCUUGAGGAAGUAUGCACUGGGGGGCAGUGAGUGCUGUGCUGUGGUGACCUCGUCCGAAGGGUUGCUUCCUAGCGAGGCGAAGUUGUCCCACAGCGGAAUGGUAACAACAGGUGCAUCACAAGGCAGGAUGAAUCUCAUUCAGAUGGCCAGCUCACAAUACACUUCUGUGUGCAUUUCACGGGGGAACGAACAUCCAAAUGAAGAACCACUCAGUGGAAGAACCCGAACUCACGGGAGUAUCCCCCAUUGUGCAUCUAACAACAGAGGUAGCAACGUGACUGAGGUGAACCCGUUUAUCGAUUCUAUGUUGGCCUCUACGAACGAUGGCAGAAGAUCCUUCGCAGAUUGGGCCACUCCACUGUGCGGGGGAAAUGCCGAAGAGGGGCAUGGGAUCAUCAUUAGAAGCACACCGCUACUGGACGGGCAAAGAAUAGCCAAUCCUGGAUCGGUCGAAUGUUCCUCUUGUCUUCAUUCAUCCGAAAGAUUAGUGAACCAAGUCAACCGAAACGAAAUGUACAGCGAGGUCGGAACGCACAAAGAACACCAUGUGGUUAACCCCUCAGGCGGUGUUCACCACUGUGACCAUUUCGUAUGUCACGAUGGAAAGGAGAACGUUACCCUGUUUGUUAUUCUGUCGAUGCUGCGCUUGCACGAGUUGCACGUCGCGUCUAAUUUGAAGACAGGAGUGGGGUCCACCUACCGUACUGAUGAUGCAGCGGAAGCAUCGAAUGAGUUUGGUAGCACUUUCCCCCCAAGUGGGAAGGCUCGAGAUGGGAACGCCCCAGAUAGGAAUAACUAUAAUCAUUUUAUCCCCCCCAGCGGAGUAGACUCCUUUUUCGAGCGAUACCACCUGCCGCUGGUCGACGGGAUGGCCAAUUCAGAUGAAAGGACAUCACUCACACUGAUCAUGCGUGACAUUGUAGAGAACGUCGAGGCGAACUGGAAGUCAAUUGCAUCCGUGUAUCUGCAUCUGGACGAAUCGCUAACUGUGUCUCCGAUACGGAUGGCAGAUGUGCUGAGGUUAAUUCAGAAUUACGAGAAAGUAGAUCUCUACAUGAAGGCGUUAUCAAAGGGGAGAGAAGAAGAACUGCACCGAGAUGAGCAGCUUCUAGCAGGCAAAGACUGUAACGAACGUCACGCGGCUGAGCAUGAAGCACUCAUCCUUCGCUUAAAAACAGAAAUAGAACAACUCGCUGCGGAGAAGGACGCCAUAAACAAGCUGCUCAGUGAAGCUGUGGACGAGAAUGCCAGAUAUUCCAAAUUGUGUGCGCACCUUCAGCAGGGGAAGGCCGCAGAGGAGGGCGGUGCCUGCAUGGACAAGAUCGACUCGUGCAUCAGCAGGAUUGAAAAGCUGCACGCCGAAAUAGAGGUACUCAAGCAGCGGGGCGGGAGCGUCCAAAUUGUAAAUCACUCCCUUGGCGACAGCGAUGUGUGUAGCGAGGGUCGCCCCAACGGAGAUGCACACGGAAGGGCUGGCGAUGAGGAUGACCAUCACAAUGACGUUUGCGAUGAGGAUGACCAUGACGAUCGCGCUUAUGCGAGGUACCCCGCUACGGCCAACGAAGUGAACAAGAAGAAGACAACCAAAAGGAGAAAAAAUCUCCAAGAAUUCCAAAUCGACAUAAUAUAUAACGUGAUAAUCAUCCUUCGGAACAGCAUCACUCAUCUGGUUACCUACGUAUGGAAGCAAACUUCAAACAAUGCAAAACUCGACAUGAAGCACAUUAGGAAGAUCUACACAAACGUUGUUAACGUUCUUCUAGAACUUCCCAGAGAGAUAAACCUCACCGUUAUCUUCAUUCGUAAGAGGGACAUCAAUUUUGAUAUGUACUUAAAAAAAGGCGGUCUUAGUUUGGAACCAGCGGGGAGGCAGCUCCACACGGAGAGGCAACUUCACACCGAGUGGCAACUCCCCUCACGCGAUUCCCUGCACGCACUACCCCACCUCUCCGACGGCAGUUCGCUGGAGGGGAAAAUGACACAUGAGAGAAGGAGAGAAAAAAAAAAAAAAAAAAUUAUAAACUCACAAAUGGAUACAACGAAUGAGACGAACGAGCUGCGUGAGCGCCUCUUGGAAGACGAAACGGCGGUCGUGUCAUCACAAAAAAAAAGGGAAGGAAGAAAAAAAAAAGUCCUAGAAGGAGCCCACUGCCUAGUGGGUCUCGCGGAUGUCUCCAACCAGGACUCUUCGAGCGACGUGUCCCUGUUCUUCGAUUUGUAG